ACUCAACCAGCAUGACAGUAAUGAUUGCGUUACUUAUAGCGUCCUCGCACCAGGAGUCCCAUUGAUUGGCCGAUUCACACCGGAGCGCUCAUCAUUGCAGGGCUUUAUUAGAGGCGAUGCCCAAAGAGGGAGGGGCUACACUUUCUUUCCUGUCUGUGCAUGGUGAUAGAUAAGUAUAAGACCCCCCCGCAAGAAUGCGAUCACAUUGGGAAAAAACAAGCCAUUGUGUUGUCUUUCCUGCAACAUGCAGCAGCUGGUGAUCCUUCUCCUGGCAUCUUUCUGGUCAGUCUGCUUAGCAGGGACAGACUGGUGCUAUCAGUCCCAAUUUACCUGUGAACAUCAGUGCAAUGCACCAGAAAAGUGGGACCAUGUCAACAAAGACUGUGGAGGAACGAAACAGUCGCCCAUCAACAUCGUCACCAGAAAAACACUUAAAGAUGAACGUCUGACUCCUCUACUGUUUGAAAACUACCAGCAUAUCUUCCAAAGCACCAUAAAAAACAACGGCCACUCAGUUGAGGUUGGGGUUCCUCAUCACAGCACCAUCUCAGGUGGAAAUCUUCCAAACACCUACAAAGCUGUGCAGUUCCACCUGCACUGGGGCAACAAGGGAGGGCCCGGCUCUGAACACACUAUCGACGGGGAGCAGUAUCCCAUGGAGCUACACAUCGUUCACAUGAAGGUCCACUACACUGAUCUGAAUACAGCACUGAGAGAUCCAGAGGGAGUAGCAGUUCUUGGAUUUUUCUAUGAGAAGUCCAACAGUGUAAAUCGGAAGUAUGAGCCCAUCAUCAGUACGCUGCAAAGCAUAGCUGCUACAAAUGGUAACUCAUCUCUGCGUUCCAUCUCCCUGGCACAGCUGAUCCCAUCUGAGCAAAAUCUGACAUCCUACUACCGUUACAAAGGCUCUCUGACCACUCCAGGGUGCACAGAGUCUGUGAUUUGGACUGUGUUUGAAAACACGAUCCCUUUGAGCAAUGAACAGUUGAUAGCUUUUUCUGAGCUCCAGUUCCAUGAUGGCAGGCCGAUGGUGGGAAACUUCCGGCCUGUCCAGCCCCUAAACGGUCGACAGGUGUACCACUCGGGAGGUACUGUGGUCCUGGUCAGCUCUGCCCUCCUUGUGGCUGCUGUUGCCAUGGCGUUGGGUCUGUCUCUACCUAAUUAGAACAAGGCAUCCCUUGCUGCACUGCGACAUCCAUGGACACAAACAAUUCUGUAUCAAUCCUCAACUGAGCCUUGGCUUCUAACAUUUCAAUGCAUGGUUGCUAAGAUGAAGGACCACGUCGUAGUGCAGGGAUCGCCCACCUGGUGUUCCUCCCCUUAUGACACAGAUGACAAAGGCGUUCGAAAGAAAGGCCUUAUGAGAGGUGCUGUAAGGGUUCAAUCAGCAUUCAUGCAUGUGUAGUGAAGCAGUAAGUCUUAUUUCAGCAUUACGAAUGUGCCAUAAAGCAGUUUUCCAGGCACUCAAAAUGAUUACUCGACCUCUACACCAAGAUCCUUUAGUAAUGUUGUAAUCAUAGCCUCAAUCAUGACAACAAUACACACAUCCACCCUGUCCAAUGUCAGGUAAAUUUAGUCUCUGUUAAUGCCUGAGUGAGUUGCCAAUGGUUUGAGCUUGGAGUGUGGAUGUCGGCCUAUGACCUGCCAAGUGAUGUGUUGUUCUUAAUGGAGCAUGUAAAUGGCAUGCAGUUAAAAAUAGCAGAACUUAGUUAUAAAAACAAGUUCCAUAUCAAAGCCAGCGGUCAAAGGAGUCAGAAGUUUGGCUUUUCUCUUUAAGUCCAGCAGCACACAGGAUUCCUGCCAGGUAAAAUUCUUCCAGCCAUUCUGCUGAUUUGGGAAAUCCAUGAAGAACAGCUGUUUGAUGUUCUGAGUACAAAGCUGCAACCUCUCCUCCUAGAGUCACCUGAGGCAAAGAUAAAGAUGCAGAGAUGCUAACAGGGAGUCACAAGGAGAGUGACUAGAGCAUGAGGAUGCAACCAACACAUUUCCUUAAACCGGCUUCCGUAUCUUCAUGCAUCUCAUAGAUGAAUUGCAUGAAUCUGCAUGUCUUGAUGUUCCAGAUGUUAAUCAUAAGCUAUAUGACUGUUAGUGUGAAGCUGCACACACAAAACUGAGCUCAUCAAAUUUUGUUUUCCCAUAAAUGACCCAUAUCAUUUCAGUGAGCUUACUUUAAAACAUGAAACUGUGUUCAUGACUUGGCUCUCAGAGGCACUGAAUGUCAUCGACUGUGAGUUUGACCACGCUGAGUUCUCACUCAUUUAUUCAGAGGACUUGUUAAGUAUUCUUGUGAGAGAUCUGUGCAAUUUAUUCCGGCAAGAUUUGUUGUGAUGAUCGAGCAAGGAAUCUCUAUUUUCCUGUAUUUUCACAAGAUGUGAAGUUAUAUUUCUAUGGUGUGUCAUUGUACACGUGUAUUUAUGUACUGAAUGUGUAUUUUGAAAUGAGACGCACUGGUAUUGUUAUUUAUGUAUUGCAAAGUUUAUAUAGGAUGCAAACCCAUAUGAGGCAUCAACUUGUUCUUGACCAGUCGAGUUCACUGAUGAUGUUGAAAUGUAUGAGACUAUCAGCUCAUAAUGCUUGAAAGUGUCAGAUAAUGUGGAGAAUGUGUUUAAACUGAACAAUAAACUACAUGCCUUUUUAA